GCGGAGUGUGCGAGAUCAAGAUGGAUGACAGCGGCCGCCUGACGCAUAUCUGGUGGCAAUCGAGAGAGCAGGUGGCGCUUUGGAAUGGGUACGGUCACGUUACGCUGUACGACGACACCGCCGUCAAGAACAGGUACCGCAUGCCCCUCGGCGUGCUCGCCGUCAUCGAUUCGGAGUAUCGGACGCGAAUCGUCGGCCAAAGCAUAACGGCGGACACCACAACGAACACUUUCGUGUGGGACGCGGAUGUGGCCAUGACGGCGGCGGUGAGCGAGGUGUUCCCGGACGCGCUGUGGAGGCGCUGCUUAUGGCACCUCCACCAAAACAUCAUGAAGACCCUCGCUAAAGACCUUGGCGGGCAGAUGAAGGUGUGCUCUACCGUGUGUGUUGGCAUGGCUUUCAUGGACGAGUUCAGGUGUGUGCGUCAGCAGCUGUCACUGGCGAAGUUCGAAAGGAAGUUCAACGCCCUCAUCGCCAAGUACCCGCAGACGGAGAAGUAUAUGCGAGCGGUAUACGACGACCGCACGCGGUGGGCAGAAUAUGUGUCGCCUCUGGUAUUCUCCGUGGGUUCGUGGACGACAUCAAGAGUUGAAGGCCAAAACGCCCUCAUCAAAGAUAAGUGCAACUCUCGCUCUUCGCUUUUGGACAUGGCGAAGUACUUUUCGGGAAUCAUAUGCUCCCAGAAGGAUGCAGCCGCGCUGCGUGACGCUAUCGACCACCUGCCGCCUGCUCGAAUGGCGACUCCACCCACGACCGCUUUAAAAAGUGUCUUGGAGUCCUGCGAAUUCUCCAUCGCGGCCUGGCCGCGGCGGCUAAUGGAGCAAGAGAUGACCGCGGCCAUCAUGUAUUGCCAGAUGGAUGGGGGGGAGGUGGAUGGACCAGAACGCGCGGCAGCUUCGAGACGCACGACCUUCGACUACCUCGUCUUGCUCUUUUCCGACGUUAGCCAUCUCUGCCAGUGCCGCACACUCCAAACUCUUGGGCUAUUUUGUCGCCAAGUGUGGGCGGCGAUGAUGCACAGCCCCAGAUUCCGAUUCCACGUCGGCCUCCUGCACGAGCACUGGCUGACGGAAAAGGCGAGGGGAACACCGCUGCAUGACUGGCCGGAUGUCGCCCGGCCUCGAUGGGAGAAGUGGACGGGGCGGCGGGAGAGAGAGAGGGAUGGGGGGGGGGGGNGGAGCAGCCAGACGGUGCAGACGGUCGUCUUGGAUUUGAAGGAGAAGGGACCCACGGACCAGGAUAGACAAGUGGUGUAUGCCAACGUAACGAAGAAGCUCGGGCAAGCCGCGAGUAUUUUGUCUGAUAAGUUUUCACCGACAGUGGCCGUAGCCCGCGUUGACCAAUUUCUGGCGACGGUCAAUGUGCAAGCAGGCGGGGCAGGUGCUACAACGACGGGAGGCCGGGGGGCGGCUCUCUUCAUGGCCAACUCUGGUACUGUUCGCCUGCCCGCCAGGACAAGUAAUAAAAGACGACGUGGUGCCGCAGAAAAAUCACCAGAGGGGGUAGCAAGAGAGCCGCGACUUCAGGGUCCCAACCCCAGUUUCAUUUUUGCAUACUCGGAGUACAUACCGUAGCGGCCGCCCUACAUUUACGACGUCACCGGUGCAUGUGCCUGUACCAUGUGUUGUCCCCCCCCCCCACCCAGCGGCUGGUUAAUGCUCGGUGUGAUGUUUCCUUUUCGCUUCAUCGUUAUUGUGCCGAUCGCCGUCUGUGAUGUUAUUGUCCCAAGCCAUUUGUUUGGUGUUUGUCUGUUGUGUUGCUGCGGUGUAGCGUUCGAUGGGACCAUCCUGUUCCUGUCCUGUUUUUCUUCCUUUUGUUCGAUUUCCUUAUUCUCUCCUUCUUCGUCUGUCCCUUUUGUGGCCGUGUUGGAUUGUCUCCAAGUUCGUUUUUAUUGUUUGGGGCAGUCUAUCAUCGAAUCGCGCUUGGAUGUUCUUUUUCUGGGUUCCAAUUUAUGCGUCUGUGGUUGUCGACCUGCAUGUUCUGAGCAGGUGGUGCGAACGAAACGAUGCCUGGAGAUGUUGUUGUCGUUCUGCCCAUGUCCCUGUUUGCGCCCCGUGUACCAACGCAGUGGUGUUUCCGUGGUUUCCUUGAUUUGACGUCGGGGUCAGAAUAUUCAGUAAUUCGCUUUGAAGUGAAGGAUGCCGUUUUUUCUGGGAAAUAUCGAUAGUUAUGUACCCACGACGACAAUGGUUAGGGCGUGAACGUCAACGAAUUUGACCGCAGGAACGUGACCGCAGGAACGUGACCGCAGGAACGUGACCGCAGUAGACUGAAUAACGCAACCUGCAACACGUUCUUCUUGCAUGAGUCGGACUGCUGCGGGUACACAGUAGAAGUGUGUGGGAUGACGGCAGACACAUGCAUCCCACCGCCCGACUGUCCGCCCUACAUUUUGGGAACAAGAUCUUUCCCUUGAAUUCACGCCCACGGGGCGUACCUUGAAAUGCAGAUCAUGAUCGAGGAUCUGACAGCGCUUUCUGACGAAGUACAGCGAACAAGAGGCACUCACGACUAAACCCUACCUGAACCCUGCCCGCACCGACAUCCUACAAUCCUCUUGGCCUCGUCCAACUGUCGCCACUGCCUACUGGUCCUCUGCGCUCUCUCCCGGAAGCGGGUGGAUUUCUCCGUGCACCACAGCCAUGCAGGAUAAUAUUCCUCGUCCCUUGCAUCAUCGUGUUCUUCUUCUCUGCGGCCUAGCGCCUCCUAGGUAUCCUCAGCGUCGGGUGGGUCGUACGGGCCGCUGCUGCCACCUUCAGACGGCUCUCCGCCGCGUGAUGAACAGCUAGCUGUUGCUUUUGUAGGAGGAGAACCCCUUCGGGGACGCCCCGAUUGAUUUCCCGGGGUUUCCGCCGGGAUGGAUGUUUGGACUGUGGUUCUCUCUGACAAUCCAUGGAUUGUACAAUACACUGGGCCUUUCUCUGUGUCUCGACGACCAAGAUAGCAGCACGCCAACAGCACGUGUUCGUAGGCUCGCGAUAUGGACGACGAUGAAGGCUGUCAGCCUUCUUGCACGGCGAAAGAAGACGGAGAUGGACCAGAAGAAGGCCAACUCGGGUUACCUCGAAGUCAGCCCAGGUUGCUUCUGGACGAGGACCGGCCGAUCACCUCGGGAUCGGAGCACGGACCCCGUCAGGACGAACAGCAGGCCUCCGCUGACGCCAUCCGGAUCUCGAGAAGUCCGUCCUUGCCGCUCAUGCGGCGGCGCACGGCGUCAGUGUCGAGGAGGCGUCUCCAUUCUUUCGUGGCAAGCUUGGUGUCUGACGUCGAGGAAUACGCUGGGCGGGGAGGGUACGAGUUGUCCCCGGACGACCGGGAGGACGACGGGUUGGGGUGUGGCACAAUCUUCUCCGACGAAUCGGAGGUGGACGCGUCGGAAAUGGAAGCUCCGCUGCUCGAAGACACCAU